UUAAUAUUUAUUUAUUUAUUAAUAAUAAUAAUAACAUCAAAACAAAUGCCACGAUUUGUGUGGUGUGUAUUGCGUGUCAAACGGCGCAUGCGUUCAAUCAAAUACACUAUAAACACACGUUUGACAUUCAAACCCACUGUAAACACAAUUAUUACGUUAUGACUCGUGACCGGGAUCGGGACCGAGAUCGGGACAGGAUCAGGGAUCGAGAUCGUGACCGACGCGGCGGCGACAGAGAUCGCGAUAGACACCGAUUGUCGCCGUCGGCCGACAGUCAUCGAGGCCGCGGUGGUAACCGAUCGUCGCCUGAUCGACACCGAUAUAGGGACCGUCGCGACCACUCGUCCGAUCGCCGCCGGACUCGUAGCCGCAGUCGAUCACCGAAUGAUAGCCGACGCCGACAUCGGAGCCGAUCUAAGGAUAAGUCGGAAAGUAGUCAUAAAGCCGACGCCGACGCGAGGCCACAGUUGGACGACAAGGCACUGGAGGGCAAAAGUGAAGAAGAGAUAGAAAUGAUCAAAAUGAUGGGUUUUGGCGACUUUGAUACCACUAAAGGCAAACGUGUCAAAGGCAACGAUGUCAGUGCUGUACAUGUCUUACAAAAGCGUAAAUAUCGACAAUAUAUGAACAGAAAGGGUGGUUUCAAUCGACCACUUGAUUAUGUGCCCUAAAUAUACUGUAUAUAAUAUCAUAUACAUGUCAGUCACCGAUUUUUAUAACAACCAUCACAUUCAAUAUUAUUUGAUCAUUUCUACACUAAAAAGAAACAAACAUUGAAUUUAUGAUAAUAUCUCUCUUUUUUUGUUGUUGUUGUUUGGUUUUU